AUGUGUGGCGAAGGAUGGCAAGGCCGCGCUGUGCUGUUGCUGCUGCUGUUCUCGGCGGCGGCAGCAGAGACGGUGAGGGCCACGACCAAGGGGCAGCUGGAGAAGAAAGACCUCAAUGUUGACUUACAUCUCCAGGACCCCGUAGAGGCCAACCUUCCCCUCCAAGAGCCCGUAGAAGCCGACCUCCUCCUCCAUCUCCAGCCAGCACAGAGUCAGCAGGUCUCUGUCGUGGCUGGUGGGGACCUCCACACCGCCGCUACAGGUUACGGACACGACAAAGGGCACAAAGGCUACGGAGGAGGUAAGGGCCACAAGGGACACAAGGGCUAUAAGGGCAGCUACCACGACAAGGCGGGCUACAAGGGCCACAAGGGCUACAAGGCUAAUAAGGGCCACAAGGGCAGCCACUACGGUGACCACGGCAAGGCGCAGUACAAGGGUUACCACGACGAGCACGGCAAUAAAUACAAGGGUCACGACGACAAGCACAAGUAUUAUGGCGACGCUCACAAGGGCAAGAAGGGCAAGAAAGGUCACCACUACGGCUCCAAAGGUCACCACAACAAAGGUCACAAAGAUAAGGGGCAGAAGGACGUGCACCACAAGGAGGAGUACCACCACACCAAGAAGUUCUAUGAUGACGGUGACAAGAAGAAGUACUACGGGAAACACGACUCAUUUGACAGCUACUUCGAUGCUCACAAGGGGAAGGACUUCAAGGGCGGUCAUUAUAAGGGAGGUUCCCACCACGACAAACACGGCAAGAAGGGCCACCAUGAGAAGGGCAAGUACCACGACGACCACAAGGGCCACAAGGGCCUAUAUGGCGACAAGGGCCACUAUGGCCACAAGAGUUCCUAUGGCAAGAAGGGCGGACACAAGGGCGAUUAUGGCCACGACGACCACAAGGGAUAUGGCCAUGAUGACCACAAGGGCCAUGACGACCACAAGGGCUAUGGCCACGACGACCAUAAGGGAUAUGGCCACGACGACCAUGGCCACGGAGGAUAUGGCCACGACGACCACAAAGGAUAUGGCCACGACGACCAUGGCCACGGAGGAUAUGGCCACGACGACCACAAAGGAUAUGGCCACGACGACCAUGGCGGCUAUGGGUCUCACUCCAUUGUCAAACCCUUGACCAUUGUUCCUGGUGACGUCACAAUAGCACCACUCACUGACAGUCAUGCAGCAGGACCUCUCGUUGACAGCCAUACAGCAGCAGCAGGACCUCUCGUUGACAGCCAUACAGCAGCAGCAGGACCUCUCGUUGACAGCCAUGCAGUAGCCUGAACGCCUCCAACAAACAGUCACGCAGCAGCAGCCACAGCUCCUCCCACGAGCAGCAACAACUGCAGAGUAAACUCCCCGCCAUACUAAAUCUGUCGACACCACCACCAUCACCACCACUACUACUACCUCCACCACCACCACUACCACCAUCACCACCACUA